AUGAGAGGCUCCAACUCGUUCAGAGCGCCAUAUCUCUUGUUCUUGUCCGUUUCAAGUUUACUAAAUACGUUUGCUUCUCCUGCAAGUAACCUGUGUCGGCCCGACCAGAGGGAAGCUCUUCUGGAGUUCAAAAGCGAGUUUCGGAUUCAGAAGAUUGAGUUCCAGACAAGGAUCAUUUCGUAUCCAAAGAAAAAAUCAUGGGAGAAGAGAAUGGAUUGUUGUUCCUGGGACGGUGUCAGGUGCGAUCCCAUGUCCGGUGAGGUGAUCGAGUUAGACCUCAGUUGCAGCCGUCUUCACGGCCGUUUCAGAUCAAACAGCAGUCUCUUUAAGCUGGGAAAUCUUCGGGUUCUAAACCUCGCUUUCAACGAUUUCGAUUAUUCUCCCGUCCCUGUUCAGUUGGGCGAGCUCGUUCGGUUAACUAAACUUAACCUCUCCUCUUCUUCCUUAUCAGGUCAGAUUCCGACCCAGAUUAUGCACUUAACCCAGUUAGAGUCUCUAGACUUAACUAGCUUCUGGUACCGUUCAGGCUUAUCCGCUGAACACUUGUUCCUUAGUAAACUUGCCCAGAACUUGACGAACCUCAGAGAACUGCGCCUAGACUCUGUAGACAUUUCUUCAGAAAUCCCACAAAACUUGUUGAACCUGACCUCUCUGAGAUCUCUCCACCUUAGUGGGUGCAACUUGUUCGGGAAAUUCCCGGGCAAUGUUCUUCGUAUGCUUGGCAUUCGAUCCGUCAGGUUGUCCAACAACACAAAUCUGAGAGGAUCUCUUCCAGAGUUUCAUGGGAAUAGCUCACUGGAAACGUUGGAUCUCUAUGAAACUUCCUUUUCGGGCGGUAUACCAAACACCAUCGGCAGCCUCCAGAGUCUGAAAUCUUUGCGGCUCAGCGGUUGCAAUUUCUGUGGAAAUAUCCCUCCUCCGCUCGGAAACCUCUCAUAUCUCACCUCUGUCGACCUUUCGUCUAAUAACUUUUCCGGCCAAAUUCCGUCUUCUUUCGCCAACUUGAAUCGCCUCGUGUCAUUGGAUCUCGGGGAUAACGAAUUCAGCGGUGACUUUCCUCUCGGAUUCCUCAAUAUGACGAAGCUGUCUGAAUUAAACCUUGGUGGUAAUCAGUUCACAGGCUCGCUUCCGUCUAAUAUGAGUGUGUUGUCGAACCUGGAGUUACUUGCAGCGCACGAAAAUUCUUUCGCUGGAACUUUGCCUUCGUCUCUAUUCACGAUGCCUUCACUGACUGUGAUUUAUUUGGUCGGGAAUCAACUCAGCGGCCUUGAUGAUUUUGGGAAUAUGUCUUCCUCCUCGUCUAAGCUACGGCAAUUAUCCCUUGGCGACAACGAUUUCAACGGGCCGAUCCCGAGAUCCAUUUCGAAGCUGGUCGACCUCAUAUUGAUCGAGCUUUCCUAUUGGAACACAGGAGGAAACGCCGUCGAUUUGCGUGUUUUCUCGUGUCUCAAGUCGCUCUUGUCUAUUGACUUAUCCUAUCUGAACACGACGACCAUACUUGACUUGAGUAUAUUAUCUCCUCUGAACGAGCUUCAAGAUUUGCGUCUCUCGGGCAACAUUGUUGACAAGGUUAAACGUGUCCCUGUUUCUCAGUUUAGUUAUUUGCUUUGA